AAAGGCCUUACGACAAGAACGUUUUGUACUUAACAGUACCACGUCGAGCUUUUUAUGAUUACAAUUAGCUCUCCAAACGCGGACAGACUGCAUCUCCAGACGCCAACUGGAAUAGCCUACAACCUUAUACACAGAGACUAGUAGUCCUGGGGUUUCAUUUUACUUGUGCAUUACCAAAAUAAAGUAGCCGUAGGAAAAGAAUUGAUUUAAAAUAAUAAACAAGAUAGCCUGUCUCCUGAGGUCAUUGUCAAACUGAUGCACGUAAAGGUCACCCUGGCAACACUGGGUAUAGCGCUAACGCACUAUAAAUGCUAACGCGCUGGACGUGUCCCAUUAUCAAAGCUAACUACCUGAACAGUGCCAGCAGAGCCUGAUUAUUGAUUUGUCCCCUCUUGUUGAGGAGGCUUGGGUUUGGUCCAUGGCUACCGCAUGGAUUUUGUGCCUGAGUUGACGGAGGGCUACCCCAUCAGCACUGACCAGCGGGAUCCACACUAUGGACCCGCAUACAAGACAGAACAGUGGAGGAGCCAGCACCAACCCGCUGCACUGCUCCAACUGUGGGGAGUGUUGUGAAGCACCCCUGCCAGUAACUUUCAGUAUCUCAACGCCACCAAACAUGACCAGGCCCCCAUGUCUCACACAAACUGAGAAUGGAAGCUGCUGGACCUCAUCCACCUUGCCUUCAUCCAGAGGCUCACCAGACACUCACCCCCAUCACCUCCACCAUCAACACCAUCAAGGAGGAUCUAAUCCGUACUGGACAGCAGUGUUUGAUUACGAAGCGGCAGCUGACGAGGAGCUGACUCUACGGCGUGGGGACCUGCUGGAGGUGCUUUCCAAGGACUCUAAAGUCUCUGGCGAUGAGGGAUGGUGGACAGGUAAGAUCCAGGACAAGGUGGGCAUCUUCCCCAGCAACUACGUGACACGGCGAGAUGCCAGCUACCCAGCACUUCCUCCGGGUGGCCUGCUAGCAGGUGGGGAGAGCCCAUUGGAGAUUGAUUUCUCUGAACUGUGCUUGGAGGAAGUGAUUGGUGCUGGUGGAUUUGGUAAGGUGUAUAAGGGAGUGUGGCACAGUGAGGAGGUGGCCGUGAAAGCAGCCCGGCAGGAUCCGGACGAAGACAUCAGCGCCACGGCCGAGAGUGUCCGACAGGAGGCCCGUCUCUUCUGGAUGCUCCGACACCCCAACAUUAUCGCUCUUCGUGGGGUUUGCCUGAAGGAGCCCAACCUCUGUCUGGUGAUGGAGUAUGCCAGAGGUGGGGCGCUCAACCGGGCACUGGCUGGGAAGAAGGUGCCCCCACGGGUACUGGUGAACUGGGCUGUGCAGAUUGCCACUGGCAUGGACUACCUACACAAUCAGACAAUUGUGCCAGUCAUUCACAGAGACCUCAAAUCCAGUAACAUUUUGAUCCUGGAGCCAGUGGAGAGGGACGACCUAAGCGGGAAGACCCUGAAAAUCACGGACUUUGGUCUGGCACGAGAGUGGCACCGUACCACCAAGAUGAGUGCGGCGGGCACAUACGCCUGGAUGGCACCGGAGGUCAUAAAACUGUCGCUGUUUUCCAAAAGCAGUGACGUCUGGAGCUUUGGGGUGUUGCUUUGGGAGCUGCUCACGGGUGAGGUGCCGUAUCGGGAGAUCGAUGCGCUGGCUGUGGCGUACGGCGUGGCCAUGAACAAGCUGACUCUCCCCAUCCCCUCCACCUGUCCCGAGGCCUUCGCACAGCUGCUGACAGAGUGUUGGAGUCCUAACCCUCACAGUCGGCCGUCGUUUGGCUGUAUCUUAAAGCGUCUGCAGGCCAUUGAGCAGUCGUCCAUGUUUCAGAUGCCUCUGGAGUCUUUCCACUCCCUACAGGAGGACUGGAGACUGGAAAUCCAGCAGAUGUUUGAUGAGCUGAGGGCUAAGGAAAAGGAGCUCCGCUCGUGGGAGGAAGCUCUGGCACGUGCAGCAGAGGAGCAGCGGGAACAGGAGGAGCAGCUGAGGAGACGAGAGCAGGAGCUUGCUGAACGUGAGAUAGACAUCGUGGAGCGUGAACUCAACAUCAUUAUCCACCAGAUGUACCAGGAGAAGCCCCACGUCAAAAAACGAAAGGGCCAUUUCAAGAAGAGCCGCCUGCUCAAACUAGGCCGUGACAGCAACUGCAUUAGUCUGCCCUCUGGGUUUGAGCAUAAGAUUACAGUCCAAGCAUCCCCGAGCGUGGACAAGAGGAAGACUCCGGGGAGUGAGAAUACCACUCCUCCCGCCAGUCCAGGGGUCCCACCGCGGCUCCGAGCCAUUCGAUUGACGCCCAGUGAUGGGAGGAAGACGUGGGGACGUACAGCGGUGUGUAAGAAGGAGGAUCUGGCGGGCACAAAGAAGAAGGGACGUACCUGGGGGCCCAGCUCCACCCAUCAGAGAGAGAGAGUGGGGGGAGAGGACAGGUUGAAGUCAUUAGGGGAGGGCUCCAAGGUGUGGUCCUCCAGUGCCCCAAACUUGGGCAAGUCUCCAAAACAUGCUCCAAUGACUGCUGGCUUCUCCAGCCUCAAUGAAAUGGAGGAGCACUGUGAGUUUGAGGACUCGCCCACGUCGCGGCUGGCUCCGGAGCUGAGCAGUAACGGGGCGGUGGAUGAGAGUGGGGCCUUGUGGGUGGGGGUGGGUCCGGGCGUCGGGGCUCAGGACUCGGUGAGGCGCUGCAAUCAAAGAAAGAAGAGUGACCUGCUGCUGCUCGGAUGCGCCUCCAUUCUGGCCUCCGUCGCACUGGGGCACGACCUCCUCCAACUGGGACGCUUACAGAUGAGUCAGGAUGAGCAUGACCAGCGGGAGGAGCAGCGGAAAAAGAAGGAGGGGCUUUUUCAGAGAACAGGGCGUUUCCGCCGCAGCACGUCCCCACCUAGCCGCACGCUUUCCCUCUCUCUGUCUCACAGUCGACAUCACGACUCCACCCUUCCAUGUCUGGACCCCUCUCCAUCUGUCACUCUUCUCUCUCUCUCCUCCCUCUCCGACUGCAACUCUACCAAAUCCCUCCUGCCCUCUGAUCCUGACGAUCUCGCCCCCACGCCAGCCAGCUCCAUCCCAGUGAUCUCCCCAGCACCCGCUCUCAACCCAUUACUGGACCUGCGGGCAGAGAGCUUUAAAAAGGAGCCCAACCAGUCGCUAACGCCCACCCACGUAUCUGCUGCCAUGGCGCUGAACCGCGGGCACCGCCGAACACCGUCCGAUGGCGCGAUCCGACCUCGCGCGCAGACGGUGGUGGGUCAUCGACGCACCCCCUCUGAUGGCAGCAUGCCCAUCCCACCAGUGCCCAUUCCCACCACCACACCACACACAGGUUCUCAGGAGACCCUGGACAUUCCACGUUUACCUGAUCCAUCCACCGUCUACCCCCUGCUGCAACGCCGCAAGCCUCCACCUCCUGUCCCCCUCAUUUCCGAAAGCCAGACGGGAGGUGGCACACUGGAGAGGCCCAAAACUCUGGAGUUUGCACCCCGGCCACGGCCCACCCCGGCACGGGCAAGGCCGGACCCAUGGAAGCUGUCGUCUCUGUCACGGACCCUGAGUUCGUCUCCAGGCAGCAGCUGUGACAGCCCGCUGGGCUCUGGGGACAGCGGGGUUGGUGGAGCCAGGCCAACCCUGUUGGAUAUGGACAUGGAAGGGCAGAGUCAGGACAGCACUGUGCCCCUGUGCGGCCAACAUCCACCUCCACCCACCCUUUGUGGGCCACACCUCUCAUAAUGAUCACCAGAGCUUAACGCUCAGUCCCAGUUGGCUCUCCGCCAGGGGAAACACAUCACACACACACGAACCUCCCACUGGUGUGGUUUUUUUCUCAGUGACCUAUGA